AUCAUAUCUUUUCAUUUCAAUGGUUCAACUCUUUCUUUUCACUUCACAUUUUUUCUCACCGCCACAAUAAUAAUAAUAAUAAUAAAUGGAAGCUUCUAUUUUGUUCAACCCAUCCGCCAUGAUUCCUUGUUUUUCAAGAACCUCAUUCCUCCACUCAAGGGCUGGGCUAAUGGUUCGUCAGAAGGUUUUCUUUUCUCGAGCUACACAUGACGGAUCAGUUAGCUUACGUCUCGUAUCUCCGACACUAUUAGCGGCAGAAAAGGAAGAAGCAAAAGCCGUGCUGGCAUUAUUCUUAAAGAAACAAGGUUUAAGAAACGCAGUUGCCACAAAAACUAUCAACAAGUCAAACGCAUUUAUCGACCACCUCGUUUCACUGCUUCACUCCGUCCACAAGUCUCGCUACUUAGUAGGCCGUGAGCUCACAACUCUCGAGAUUAGAGAUGUUCUUAUACCGUACCUCGAGACAUUCGAAGAGGAGUAUGGAUCCCUUUUGGUGGACGUUGUGGAGAAUUUCUCUGUCAAGGAAAAAAUAGACGAAAAAAACAUAUCCUUUGAAGAAAAAGAUGUAGAAAAAAAUCAGUGAAUAUAUUUUCGUGUGUGUAAUUAAUGCUAGGUUUGUGUAGUAAUUCACAAUUGUUAGUCGAAAAAUAAUUCUUCGACGAGCUUUGGUAAUUUAGUUAAUUUUAUUUUAGGUGGUACUUGGGAGAGAAUAUCUUGUAUGAUCCUUUUUUUUUUUUUUUUUUUUUUUUCCGAAUGUAUCUAAGUUUUGUAAUUAAAUUUAUUUGUGGUGAACUUGCAGCUUUGGAUUUGAGGUAUGUAUAUUGUUAUUAAAUUUUGAAUC